AAAACCCUGAAACGGAGGUGGAAAAGAAUGAUUUACAUGGUGGAAAAUAAUGAGUUAUACUAUCUAGUUACGUUACUGUAUAACAAAUUAGUGCAAUAAAAAUUUGCAAAAAUCAAACAAAAAAUUAAUGAAAGCAAGCGUGAAUUUUCACUAUGUCAGAAAAGCUAACAAAAACAUGUUUUUCAAUGUUAUUUAUUUUUAUCUUGUGUUAUAUUUGGUAUUUAAUUAUGAACAUUGAUAUCUCAAGUUAUAAAGUUUUGAAUGUUGGAAAAUACAAUAUGAUGGCUUAUAAAUCAAACUUGACUUGUCCUAAAGUAGACACUGAGUUUAAUAAAUGCAUACUCAACAUAACAAUGAACCCCCCUGGGCGAAAAAGUUACAUUGUUAUUCAAUCAUUUGAUUCUUGCAACAACUCUAAAACUAUUGGUGGAGACUUUUGGUGGAUGAAAAUUAUAGGUCCAAAUUCUUUCAAUGUACCGUUAAUUGACAAUAAUAACGGUUUUUACUACCAAGAAUUUUGGCUGAAUGUAGAAGGAAAUUAUACAAUCAGUUUGAUGCUUGAAUUUAGUAAAAACGAUGGCAUGAAGGAUCCACCUAAAGAUUGGUUUAAAUAUGGUGAUUAUCAGGGAAGAAGGCAAAAUGAGGAUUACUUUGGCAAAAAUUUUGAUUAUAUUCUAGAAUUAAAAACAUUUCAAUAUUCAGUAUCAAAAGACUUAGUUAAAAACAAUAAUGAACAAUUACAAAUUUGGCAUUUUCAACCGUUUUGUAUAGCAAACAAUGCCCAUGGUUAUUGGCAAAAAAAUGUAUAUAAAACCGUAACAGCUAAAACUGAUAGCACUUUUAAACAUGAAAUGAUUUUACGGAACCUUGCUGCAUUAUCAAAUGUCAACAAUACUGUUCAACCAACUUUUUGGUUUUACGGUGAUUCGUUAAAUCUUCUAUUUUUCAGAUCUUUAAAAGCAACACCUCUAUGUAAACUUUUUAUUUGUCAGAACACUUAUAUAUGGACAUAUCCUGUAACAAAUCCAGAAAAUCCAAAUGCUCAACCAUAUGACAAUAAAGACUUUAAUCAAACUAAAUUUCUUGAUAACAUCAAAAUGGUGCUCAUAAAUCCUUUAAUGAUGAAUAACAAUAGUGUUUUAAUUAUUAACUUUGGAUUGCAUAUAUUAAAGAACAUUAAUAUGAGUCAAGCAAAAGAGCUACUUGAUGGCUUUCUUGAUAUGGUGCUAAAUAUAAAGUCAAAGGUUUUACCAAAUUUUCCAAAAAUUUUAUGGAAAAGUACAACACCAGCGUAUAUAGAAAAUUUUUUACUCAAACACGGAAAAAAUAAUUUAGAAAGAACUCUUGUAAAACAGAGAGCAAUUCAUUGGAAUUUAUACUGUGUAAAAAAAAUGUGCGAACUAAAUAUACCUGUGUUAGAUGUAUACUGGAUGGCAGCAUCGUAUCCACAAGGUCCAUAUGAUGCUGUACACUAUGAUAGUCAUGUAUUUAGUUCAGCAGCCACAUUUUUAACUAAUUUAUUUACUUAUUCUCACGAAAGUUUUUAAAAAGUAACAAAAAUGAACAUAAACAAUUUUGACCUUAUUUUUACAAAACUAUUUUAAUUUAAAUCUGAAAUGUUACUAAAUAUUUUAAAGUUGUUAACAGUAUGUCAAAAAACGAGGAUGUAACCAUGCAAUUUAAAAUAAAGCACUUAGACUAGCAGAGCAACUGAAAUGUAUAUAUUUACAUAUAUACUUAUUUGUUUCUUUAAAAUUUGGGUAUUGCGUUCUUUUUUAUAUCAUUGUUGCAAAUAAAUUCUUCAUACGAAAGACAUGGAUAUCAAUUAAGGACGAGUUAGUAAAAUAUUGUUUUACACUUAGUUUUUCUUUUAGUAAAAUUAUUCAAAGAAUUAGAAAUUUAUUUUUUAAGAUAUUAUUUUAAGCCAUCGGUUCGGCAAAAAAACUUCAAGUAAAGUCUGCUUUUAAAAUUACAGGAUAAGUUACGCAAAAUGUCAUUUUAAUAAACUAGCCUAAAGCCAAAGCUGAUGACACGGGGGAAGGGCACAACUCUUAGUUAUUAAAGAAACUCUUCUUUAUCUAGAAUUUUCUCAUUAAAAAAAAAAAAAAACGUGGUUUUUUGAGCCUUGAACCCAGGAAGUAUAAUGCAAGAAUAGAUUUACCUACCAAUGCUACAAUAGUUUUAACAACAAAUGCAAAACAAUGAAUCAAUAAAAUAUUUUAAUUUAAUAUCGAAUACUUAUUUAUAUUCAUUUAUAGGUUUUGAAUUUUAUAUAAUUAUCUUUAAGCAUUUGAAAAUUAUAACCAUCAAAAAAUUACAGCAAUUUUAGUUUUAGGGAGAUUUUCAAACGCUAGUUAUUAAAGAAAGUCUUUUAUAUCUAGAAUUUUCUUCGAAAAAAAAAAAGUUCUUUAGAAAAAAUGUGAGGAAGCCACCGCGCCUCCCCAGUGUUGUUAAUUCUGAAUCCUCAUUUGCAUUUUA